CAGGGGGGGAUGAGUCUAUUUAAAGAGGAAAUAACUGAGGGUCCUCGCUGUUGACUAAUCGACUCUAAAUGGUUCUCAUCCAUCCACUGGGUUCUGUCUCUGCGGCGCUCUUGCUGGUCCACAACCCGGACUGAAGCCGGGACCGUCAGCCGUCCUUCCAUCAGAACCAGAACCGCUUCUCCUCCUCCAGCUGCAGCAGCAGCAGCAGCAGCAGAUUCGUCCGUCCGGGUCAGACGCUCAGAGAUGGGGAAAGAUUAUUAUAAAACGCUGGGAAUCUCCAAAGGAGCCUCGGACGAGGACGUGAAGAAGGCGUACAGAAAGCAAGCCCUCAAAUGGCACCCGGACAAGAACAAGUCCGCAGCCGCUGAGGAGAAAUUCAAGGAAAUCGCCGAAGCCUACGAAGUCCUCAGUGAUCCGAAGAAGAGAGAGAUCUACGACCAGUACGGGGAGGAAGGUCUGAAGGGCGGAGGUGGACCCACAGUUGAUGGACAGGGCAACAACUUCACUUACACCUUCCAUGGAGAUCCCCACGCCACCUUCGCCACCUUCUUCGGCGGCUCAAACCCCUUCGAGAUGUUCUUCGGGCGCAAGGCUAACGGUCGCGACGAUGAGGACAUGGAGGUGGACGGAAACGACCCCUUUGGUUCCUUCACCAGCUUCAACCUGAACGGGUUCCCUCGGGACGGCCACACCGGGCUGGGUGGACACCAGCGGCGCAAGCAGGACCCGGCCAUCAUCCACGAACUGAGGGUCACCCUGGAGGAGGUCUUUCACGGCUGCACCAAGAGGAUGAAGAUCUCCCGCAAGAGGCUGAACCCCAUGAGAACUGAGGACAAGAUUCUCACCAUCGAGAUCAAGCGGGGAUGGAAGGAGGGGACCAAGAUAACGUUCCCGAGGGAGGGAGACGAGUCGCCCAACACCAUUCCCGCCGACAUCGUCUUCGUCAUCAAGGACAAGCCGCACCCUCACUUCAGGCGGGAGGGUUCCAACAUCGUCUAUCCUGUCCGCGUCAGUUUGAGACAGUCUUUGUGCGGAUGCUCGGUCACCGUGUCGACAAUCGACGGGAAGACGUGCAACAUGAAGAUCACAGACGUGGUGAAGCCUGGAAUGAGAAAGACCGUUGCCGGACAGGGACUCCCUCUCCCCAAAAACCCGGAGCAGCGAGGAGACCUGGUGGUGGAGUUCGACGUCAACUUCCCCGACUCCCUGCCGGGCAACGCCAAGGACGUCCUGAAACGACAUUUACCCACUUAGAGACCCCGACAGGAGGGGACGAAACCGCUUGACACUGGUGCUCUUGAGCAAACACAAACGUACGGGCUGGACUCACAGACUGUGGAUGAUGUGCAAUCUCUAUUUUUGACCUGUUGUUUCUACAAGUGCCGUGCAUGCUGCCAGGGGCGCGACGAGGUGAGGCUGUUAGUUCAUGUGCGUGGCUGUUAGCGCUGACUCGCUUGGUCUUUUAGGAAGUAUUAGCCAGUGAACUUAAAAGUAGAACAAAUUGCAGUGCCAAUCACAUUUACUAAUGAAUAUUUUAUUACUUUCUUUAUGGUAUUAUGCUGUUCUUCAACAGAAAGAUGAUAUUUGUGAGGUUUGUCUCUGUAUUUAGCCUCAAGCUUGUGCUGUUUGGAUUUUAAAAUAAAUAUUUCCACAUUAA